AUGGCGCGAAAAAAGAGCGGCAGAGCGCUGAGAUCCAUGCUGUGCAAAGGUUUCCAGAGAAUAGCAAGACGGAAUUUAACUUGCCGAGCAGGAAGUUGUGAAUCGUUCUUAUAGUCUUCAUUGUUCAAGACAGGUAACCAUUAAUUUCCUGUUGUAUAUUUGUCGAGGGGAAAAAUUUUUGUCCAACCAUACCUUCCAGUUUUCGUAAUCAGAUGUCCCGCCUUUUCACUGGACCCACAUAUCUGUUUUAUGGAUGCAAAGUCUUCGAGGUACAAAUUUCCUUGAGAUUCUCCUCAUUUAAAAUCUGGCUGACUGAUCCAGUGCCUUUUACAAGUAGGGAGGAAGGCAUUUCUUAAAAUUUCUCCCGACUCAAUUUUUUUUGCCAACAAUGAGAUGAACUUGAAAAUUCCUCAUGCUAAAUUUCAUGAGCUUUUAACGUAAGAAAUUUAAUUUAAUUUGACGGACUAAUAGAAUCAGCCUAUCUUUUACAUCUACACAGAAAAGUUAACUGAAACCAUUCUUACUGAAACAGGAUGACUGCACCGUCUAUUUACACGCAUUCUCCAUUCCUGUUUCAUCAUGUUCCAAAUUCACCAUUUCUGUUGCCAACUAGAAGGCCUUCGACACGAUCACCAAUCCCAAUUGUUCCCGACGUCGAAAACUCGAGAAACAACAACUGUUCUUCAAGUAAUCUCCUUCGAAAUGGAAGUUUUCUUUCUCCCACAUCUGUUGUUCCAUCAAAUUCCAAUCCAACAUCACCACAAGCAACUCCAAUUAGGACAAAUGUUUCUUCUGAUUCGCAAAGAGAACAAGUUGUUCCUCAUUUGUCACCUAUGGUGGAAAAUAAAUCCCUUAACAGAAAAGAAAGGAGGCUAGAUAUGUCACCAAACCAGGAUACAGUUCCAGAGAUUAACCUGUUUUCAGGUGAAGAAAUAUUUGCUUAAUAGCCACCCUGGCCCUACACACAUUUCUCUAUUGUGGCUUGUGAAAACAACUUUUUUAUUAUCGAGAUCAAGCCAUUGGUACAGUUCUUAGCUUUGAAACAAAUUGAACUUUAGAUUUACUCAACUAAAUCUUGCUUGCAGAUUAAAAGCAAUUUUGUUAAGUAUACAGUUUAGUUGAAGUUUUGGAUGUACAUUUUACAACUACUGUAAGUUUUAAACAAUAUCCAGUAUUAGUUAAAGAGGUUAGGUAACAACUAAUUUCAUAUAAAUCAAGAAUUUGAAACCCAAUGGUAAUCAUAAAAACUUGUUGCU